UCUCUCCCAAGUCCCUCCCCAGUGGGCGGAACUAGAUGGAUUUACUUGCGCUCAAGUAAACCGAGUGCCUCGACUCUCCCUAGUGCGCUGGCGUCUGAGUAGGAGGACCUGGAGCCGACAUGGCAGCGACAUUUAGCCGAAGCUGCGGGGUCCUGAGAAGUAUUUCUCAUUUUUACUGGAGAUCACAACAUACAAAAGCUGCCCUACAACGUGAACCCAGAAUCGGUUUUAAUUUUGAACUCACUGAACAACAAAAAGAAUUUCAAGCUACUGCUCGUAAGUUUGCCAGAGAGGAAAUAAUCCCUGUUGCUGCAGAAUAUGAUAAAACUGGCGAGUACCCUGUUCCCUUAAUUAAAAGAGCCUGGGACCUUGGUUUGAUGAAUACACACAUUCCAGAGAGUUGUGGGGGCCUCGGUCUUGGAACUUUUGAUUCUUGUUUAAUUACUGAAGAGAUGGCUUAUGGAUGUACAGGGGUUCAGACUGCUAUUGAAGGAAAUUCUUUGGGGCAAAUGCCUGUUAUUAUUGCUGGAAAUGACCAACAACAAAAGAAGUAUUUGGGGAGGAUGACUGAGGAGCCACUGAUGUGUGCCUAUUGUGUAACAGAACCUAUAGCAGGCUCUGAUGUUGCUGGUAUAAAGACCAAAGCAGAAAAGAAAGGAGAUGAGUAUAUUAUUAAUGGUCAGAAGAUGUGGAUAACCAAUGGAGGAAAAGCUAAUUGGUAUUUUUUAUUGGCUCGUUCUGAUCCGGAUCCUAAGGCUCCUGCUGGUAAAGCCUUUACUGGGUUUAUUGUGGAUGCAGACACUCCUGGAAUUCAGGUUGGAAGAAAGGAAUUAAAUAUGGGCCAGCGAUGUUCAGAUACAAGAGGAAUUGUCUUUGAAGAUGUGAAAGUGCCUAAAGAAAAUGUUUUAAUUGGCGAGGGAGCUGGUUUCAAAAUUGCAAUGGGAGCGUUUGAUAAAACCAGACCUCCAGUAGCAGCUGGUGCUGUUGGACUAGGACAAAGAGCUUUGGAUGAAGCUACCAAGUAUGCCCUGGAGAGGAAAACUUUUGGAAAGCUGCUUGUAGAGCACCAAGGGAUAUCUUUCUUGCUGGCUGAAAUGGCAAUGAAAGUGGAGCUAGCUAGAUUAAGUUACCAGAGAGCAGCUUGGGAGAUCGAUUCUGGUCGCCGAAAUACCUUUUUUGCUUCUAUUGCAAAGGCAUUUGCUGCAGAUAUUGCAAAUCAGUUAGCUACUGAUGCUGUGCAAAUUUUUGGAGGCAAUGGAUUUAAUACUGAAUAUCCUGUUGAAAAACUAAUGAGAGAUGCUAAGAUCUAUCAGAUUUAUGAAGGUACUGCACAAAUUCAAAGGCUUAUUAUUGCCCGUGAACACAUUGCCAAGUAUAAAAAUUAAGAUCUCUAUCGAAACAUGGUAAAUUGUUGAACUAGAACAUAAUCCACUAUUUAAGCUCCAGAAAAGAGAAAGAGCUUUAAUGUUUUCCCCAGUGAAAUUUUAAAAUAAGUACUCUUAUGCCACACCUAUUCUACUGAUUCUAAUAGUACUUUUAUCAUUUUGUUUAACUUAUGACUAGCCUUUUCUCAAAGAUUUGGUUUCAUUAAAAUCACGUGUCCUCCUCAAUAUCAUUGAUUUACAUUAACCUAGAAAAAUAUUCUUUGUUAUUUUGAUCUCUUAAAAUUGAUUUAGCAGAAAUUUCUUGGAAUGUUAGUAUUUUUCCAAUGAUAGGAAAGAAAGCUUAUGAAAGUAUUCAGAAUGUUUCAAAAUUUACAUUGAAAAAAUACUGUGGGAUUUGGAUGCCACCAAACGCCUUUCCAGUGACUUUAGAAACUUAAUGGUAUUGUAUGAGAGGAGUUUUUUACUACAAUUUGGAAAGCAUUUGCUUUCAGUUUUGUACUUUAAUGGUUAAAAAUCUGAUGUUCAUAUUCUCGCAUUAUACACCUCCCAGAUGUUACUUGAAAAUCUUAUUUAAUUCUUAGUUCACAUUUCAGUUGCCUUAUUUAAAACAGAUCAAUAAAGCUUGCCCGAAAUUAUUUUUAUAUGACUCCAUUGGUCAUAUAGGUAGCCUUUGGUCUGUUGUACACAAUCUCAUUUCAUGAUUUCAUGUGCCUAAGUUCUGAAAAGGAAUUAAAGUAAAAUUGUCUUCUUGAA